AUGAAAGGGCCUUUUUCUUCCACAGCUGGGAGAACAGCUGCCACCAAAGCAAGACUGGACACUCUGUGCCCAGAGCCCCCUCUGCAGCUGGCCUCCCUUCCUGGGACCUUCCUCACUCUCACCUCGCUUUCCUUUCUUCCCAUGCCUGGCUCCCACCAGGACUCUGGAACAGUGGUAGGCAAGGGAAGUUUGUCACAGCUGCCAGAGGGGUGUAACAGGAGUGCAGAGGGACGAGGGCAGCCUCUGCCCUCUGCCCACUUCUUUCAAGACCAGGGAAGCAGCGGGAGGAGGAAUUGUGGAGCAGCGUGGUGCCUGUCCAGCACCCCCCCCUCUGGAGGGGUCCACAAGGGAAGGGGCAGUGGGGGCACAAAGAUGCAGGACAGAUUGCACAUCCUGGAGGACCUGAAUAUGCUCUACAUUCGACAGAUGGCGCUCAGCCUGGAGGACACAGAGUUGCAGAGAAAGCUAGACCAUGAGAUCCGGAUGAGGGAAGGGGCCUGCAAGCUGCUGGCGGCCUGCUCCCAGCGAGAGCAAGCUUUGGAGGCCACCAAGAGCCUGUUGGUGUGCAACAGUCGCAUCCUCAGCUACAUGGGUGAGCUGCAGCGGCGUAAGGAGGCGCAGGUGCUGGGCAAGACAGGCCGGAGGCCUUCUGACAGCGGGCCGCCUGCUGAGCGCUCCCCCUGCCGUGGCCGGGUCUGCAUCUCUGACCUCCGGAUUCCACUCAUGUGGAAGGACACAGAAUAUUUCAAGAACAAAGGUGACCUGCACCGCUGGGCUGUGUUCCUGCUGCUGCAGCUAGGGGAACACAUUCAGGACACAGAGAUGAUCCUGGUGGACAGGACCCUCACAGACAUCUCCUUUCAGAGCAACGUGCUCUUCACCGAGGCAGGGCCAGACUUUGAACUGCGACUGGAGCUGUAUGGGGCCUGCGUGGAAGAGGAGGGGGCCCUGGCUGGAGCCCCCAAGAGGCUUGCCACCAAACUCAGCAGCUCCCUAGGCCGCUCCUCAGGGAGGCGUGUCCGGGCAUCGCUGGAGAGUGCUGGGGGUUCGGGGAGCAGUCCCAUUUUGCUUCCGACCCCAGCUGUGGGGGGUCCUCGUUACCACCUCCUGGCUCACACCACGCUCACCCUGGCAGCAGUGCAAGAUGGGUUCCGCACACACGACCUCACCCUCACCAGCCAUGAGGAGAACCCCGCCUGGCUUCCCCUUUAUGGUAGCGUGUGUUGCCGCCUGGUGGCUCAACCUCUUUGCAUGACUCAGCCUACCGCAAGUGGUACCCUCAGGGUGCAGCAAGCUGGGGAGCUGCAGGACUGGGCACGAGUGCAUGGAGUCCUGAAAGGCACAAACCUCUUCUGUUACCGGCAACCUGAAGACGCAGACACUGGGGAAGAACCGUUGUUUACUAUCGCCAUCAACAAGGAGACUCGAGUCCGGGCAGGGGAGCUGGACCACGCUGCGGGCCAGCCCUUCACCCUGAGCAUCAGUAACCGGUAUGGGGAGGACGAGGUGACACACACCCUUCAGACAGAGAGUCGAGGAGCCCUGCACAGCUGGAUGGAGGCUCUGUGGCAGCUUUUCUUUGACAUGAGCCAAUGGAAGCAGUGCUGUGAUGAAAUCAUGAAAAUUGAAACCCCUGCUCCCCGGAAACCACCCCAAGUACUGGCCAAGCAGGGGUCCUUGUACCAUGAGAUGGCUAUUGAGCCGCUGGAUGACAUCGCAGCGGUGACAGACAUCCUGGCCCAGCGGGAGGGCACAAGGCUGGAGACACCCCCACCCUGGCUAGCAAUGUUUACAGAACAGCCUGCCCUGCCUACCCCCUGCUCACCUGCCUCAGUGGCCCCAGCCCCAGCUCGGACCCACCCCAUGCCCUGGGGGCGACCCCGAACAUUCUCCCUGGAUGCUGUCCCCCCAGACCACUCCCCUGGGGCUUCCCGCUCGGUCGCCCCUCUCCCCCAGCAGCCAUCCCCACGGUCCAGAGGCCUCUUCAGCAAAGGCCCGUCCCGCACUUGGCUCCAGUCACCAGUGUGAGAGAGAAAGGUGCUGGCAACAGGAUCUGGCCAGAGGAAGAGAAGACCCAUGUGCAGUCAGGCUCUGGAUGCGGCGCUGUCAGUAGAAGGUUGGCCAGCUUGGCCUCACCUUCCUCUGCUGGACUUGGGGUAGGCUGGG